AUGUUCAAUGCCUUCAAUCCGGCCUUCAUGCCGCCAGGCGCGGUCGCGUUCGAUCAGGGUCCUGCACUGCCUCCUCAUCUUGCGCCGCAGACGAGCUACGCAGGAUACGACUACGGCGCCUCAGCUGGGAUGGCAAUGGGAUAUGCAGGUGGAGAGAGCUCGACGGCGGAUGCGGGCCACGACGAGACUCACCUACACGGAAGCCCCAAGUCGAAGGACGAGGCGCUUGCUGGUGGAGACGAUGAUGGGGGAAAGCGAAGGAGAGUUCAGAGAGCAUGUGAUAUCUGUCGCCGCAAGAAGAUCCGCUGUGACGGCCUACAACCGGGCAAGUCGGCAUGCACAAACUGCAUCACCUAUGGUCACGAGUGCAAGUUCGAAGAAGCGGCGAAGAGGCGAGCACCACCUCGCGCCUACGUCGAGGCCCUCGAGGCACGCAUGGAAAGGAUGGAGCAGCUCCUCGUUGAUCUAGCCCCCGGCGUCGACUUCACAGAGCGUGUUGGCCCGCCUGUCAGGCUGCCAGAGGAAAACAAGGACAAGACGGGCACGUCACCGCCCACUACCUACAAAUCGCUGCCUCAGCCUUCAAUCCGUCGUAAUGAGCUUGCUCAUUCUGUCCUGCCAGACGACCCUGCGGAGCGCCAACGCUUCAUCGACGACAUUGGCGGCAAGAUAGCGGUCAAGGAGGAAGAGACCGGCGACGAAGCUGACCAAUCAUACAACGAUGAAGAGAUUGCCCUUGUCCAAACCGCAGACAAGCACAAUGACCUGAGUCGAAUCAAGAUCAUGCUCCAAGGCCGCCAAGACGUCUCCGGUAGCACUCCUCAAGACUCACCAGAGACCUCGUCGUCACUCUCGCCGCCCACCGACGCAGGCUCGUCCACUCAUCACCCAGACCCCGUCGCCUUUCUUGGCAAUUCGAGCACCAUACACCUUGUCCACGGCCUCGAGAAGAUGGGCGGCAAAGGCGAAGUCAUGAAGAGCAUGAUCGACUCGAUGCGUCCAGAGUUCUGGAAGAACCCUACGACGAUCAUGGAGGAUCGACUGGAUCCUGCGCGUGACGCCGCCGAGCUCGAGGACACUAUGACCGCGUGGCCCGAGCCCGACUUGGAGAAGAAGCUCGUCGACGCCUACUUCAGACGGGCUCAUCACGACAAUCCAAUCCUCAACGAGGUCACCUUCCGCGCUGAGCUGCAGGACCGGUCUUUGCGCCUGGAUCGCGAGUUUGUCAUGGUUGCCAUGAUGGUCUUCGCCGUAGCUAGCCGUCUGAUCGAUGACGAGCGUGUCCUGUGUACGCCACGAUCAGACGAUUUCCUCAUCAACACGCUUGGAGCCAAGUGGCACAACUCCUGGAAGCGCCUGGCAUUCGGCACGCGGGGCCCCAGUGGGUCGCUGCGCUACAUCCAGUCGUUCGUCCUCGCCGUCGUCUACCUCUGCGGCACAGGGUUGCAUUUCAACAUCGGCUGGUGUCUCCUUGGCGUCGUCUUCAGGCUGCUCGAGUUCGCUGGAGCGCACCGCAAGCUCACGGCACAACGUCUGCAGCACCCCUUGGCCAUCGAAGAGGAGUGGCGUCGUACCUGGUGGACAGCCUACUCCCUCGACCGUGAGAUUUCGACGACUCUCGGUCGCCCCAUGGCCGUUCAGGACGAAGAUUUCGACGUCGCCCUUCCCCUCGAAGUAGACGAGCGCUAUUUCACCGCAAGUGGAGACGGUGCCGUCCCCACGCAACCCAAGGGUAAGCCAGCCCACAUCUCCGGCUUCCUCUCAGCCCUCAAGCUGGACGAGAUUAUGGGUCGCACCCUCCGCACCAUCUACGCGAUCGGCAAAGCCAAAGUCAGUCGCGGUCUCGUCGGCAAGGGUUGGGACCAGCUCAUCGUUGCAGAGAUCGACUCCCUCCUCAACCAGUGGCUCGACAGCGUCCCCAAGCACCUCCGAUACAAUGCAAAUGAAAAGAACGAGGAGUGGCUCGUCCAGUCGAGUAUGCUGUACUGCAAGUAUUACUUUUGCCAGAUCCUGGUGCAUCGGCCCUUCAUCGUAGGACCGAAGAUGAGCAGCUCGCUCAACUACCCCUCCCUGGCUAUCACGACCAACGCCGCCAAGUCUAUGACGCAGAUCCUCGGCAACCUUCUCAAGCGCGGUCUUAUCCACGAAGGUGGGCACGGAGCGGGCUCGCGAGCCUUCGAGGCUGGUUGCGUGCUGCUGGUCGUGGUUUGGGGAUCAAAGAAGAACGGCAUCCGCGUCUCCAACUCGACGUUCAGCGACAUCAACAAAUGUCUUGAGAUCCUGCGCGAAUUUGAGAAGAGGUGGGCUAUCGCAGGUAGGCUCAACGACAUUCUCUCGACGCUUUGUCGCAUCUUCAAGGUUGAGACGGCUCAGCAGGAAGAGGAGCAAGCGGUGCUUUCCAAGCGCAAGGCUAGCGCUGCGGACGAGGCGGGCAAUGCAGCCGCUACUGCUCAUGGUGCCCCUGCUGCACCGUCCGAGCGCCCAGUGCGCGGCCACUCUCGCGUCGACAACAGCAGCUCAGGCAGCCUCACCAACGGGCACAAUCAUGCUCAGCCCAGUCGCAGCGGCAGUGGCCACCUGGACCAGCUUCCUCUCUCUACGCAGGACCUCGGCAUCACGCCCACAUCGGACUCGUCUGGUUCGGGAAGCAUCAGCACCUUCACGUCGCCCAACACACGCUCUGCUCGAGCCGGUCAGCAAGGUAGCGGCAUGUUCUCGAACGGUAAUACGGGCACGGCUGGCGCUUCUAAUGCAGACUACUCGGACCUCGCCGCCGCUACGGCUGCGGCAGCCGCUUCAGGCUUUGACGUCUCAUCCACCGGCAACAAUGGCGGCUUCGACAUGUCGGCUCUCGGUGGCUCAGGGGAUCUCUUCGCUAACUUCGUCAAUGGUCUGAGCGCUCCUACCUUCACACCUUUGGACCUGCCCUCUUUCUCUUCUGCCUUCUUCACCCAGCCGCCUACGGGUGCUACGCCUGGCUCGGCGAGGAGGAGAGAGAGCAGCUUAUUCGCUGGCGGUUGGCCGAAUGGUGCUCCUGCUGCAGGGGACAGAGCAGGUGCGACGGCGGGCGAGGACGCUGGGGGCCAGAGCAUGCCUCAGCUCACGCCAGGUUACAGCAGUAUCUUCGGCAGUGGCGUAGACUACAAUACCUUCCAGCCUGCCGCCUCGGAUGGCCAGAUGCAUCAGCAUCAGCAGCAGGCUGGCGUUCAGCCCGGAUCGACGAUGAAUGUCGAUGGUAACGCAGGGGGUGAUCCCUUCAAUAUGCGCGAUUUGUGGCCCCCCGGUGCAUAUGGGCAACACCAUUGA